ACGAAAUGCUUAUUAAAUUCACAAAAUGUAUUUUAAACACACGGGCACUAAACAUGCCCAUCACACAGUGGCGACAAUGCCACAGUGUGUUUGGAAUCAAGAAAUUAAUCGAAACGGAAAAGCUGCCCGAACAAGACUUCGAACUGCACCGCAUCACCCCAGACCUGUACCAGCCAGCAGUGGACAUGAUCAAGCGAGACUUCCUCCCGCUACACGUGCUGUGUCAGUACAGGAAGAUGGACCUCAGUAAUGAUAGGUCGCUGGAUGAGUACAUUGUGCGAUUGUUAAAGCAAGGCAACUCCACGUGUGCGCUGACGGAGGACGGGUCGCUGGCCGCCGUCUCCGUGAACUACGCGAGCAGUCGCUGCGACCCCGACAACUUGCGACAGUACGCCUACUAUAGACAGGAUCCAAACACGAAAGACUUCUUUUAUUUCCUGGCCAAGUUACAGGAGACUCCAAAUUUGUGGACCAUGUUCAAUCAGCAGAAAAUAUUUGAGAUGAAGAUGUUGUGUGUGUCCCCCGGGUGCCGGCGGCGCGGGCUGGCCACGCGGCUGGCGCGGCGCGCGCGGGAGGCGGCCACCGACCAGGGCUACUGCGUGUUGAGGCUCGACUGUCUUAAUAGAUAUGACUACAAGCUAGCGGAACGGCUCAUGAUGCGCUGCAUAUCCCGCUACCCGCUGCACCGGCUGCGCGGCGCCACCGCCCCCUUCGUGAAGAAGAGCUCCGAGCUGAACCGCGUCGUGAGAGUGUAUGUGGAGGGGAGCGAGUGUCGCGAGGUGGCGGAGACCAUUGAGAUGGUGAGGAAGAGAGCGCCUGAGAGCUUGAUCGAGUAGCUUGGAAGCAUUUGUCCUAAUGUCCGAUUUCACCAUUGAAAAAUAAGGCGUAUCAGAGAA